CUAAGAAACACUAAUUAGAAAACAGACACAGAGAGAGAGAGAGAUGGGGAAAAGACAUUUUGUGUUGGUCCACAAUGCCUACCAUGGUGGGUGGAUAUGGUACAAGCUCAAGCCUCUCCUCGAAUCCGCCGGCCACCGCGUCACCGCCGUCGAUCUCGCCGCCUCCGGAGCCGACCCUCGACCAAUCCAAGCCGUUGGAUCUUUCGACGAGUAUUCCCAGCCGUUGAUCGAUGCCCUCCAAGCCCUCCCCGAGGAUGAGGAUGGCGUCAUCCUCGUAGGGUUCAGCCUGGGAGGCAUCAACGUCGCUCUCGCCGCCGACAAGUUUCCGGAGAAGAUUAGGGUCUUGGUGUUUCUCAACGCCUUCAUGCCCGACACCUCCCACGUUCCUUCUUACGUUCUUGAUAAGCUUUUCUUUUUUAUAAAGUAUAUGGAGAAAUUUCAAGAUUUGGAGGACUGUGAGGUUUCGUCUCAUCAAACAAGCAAUGGGAAUAGUAUGUCUUUGUUCAAGAUGGGGCCUAAGUUCAUGAAGAAUUAUCUUUACCAAGAAUGUUCCGUCGAGGACUAUGAGUCGGCGAAAAUGCUGCAUAGGCAAGGAUCGUUUUUCCAAGGAGAUUUAGGGAAGAAGGAGAGAUUCAGCGACGAGAAAUAUGGUUCGGUGGAAAGAGUUUACGUAAUGGGAGGCCAAGACAAAGCGAUACCAUGCGAUUUCAUGAAGUGGAUGGUCCAUAAUUUCCACGUGGAAAAAGUCUACGAGAUCGACGGCGGAGAUCACAUGACGAUGCUCUCGAAGCCCCAUUCUCUCUUCCGCACUCUCUCCACCAUAGCCUCUGAGUUUACUACUACCACCCACUAGAUAUUUAUUCCACGUGCGAGUUAUCAACAAUAAUUAAUAAUAAUAUUCCAUUCUCAUCAAUGAAAUGAAAAUCUCGAGAGAAGACGUAACAAAGACGUGUAUGCAUGGAAUAUAUUCGAGGAUAUCAGUAUUUCAAUCUUAAUAAAAUAAAAAAAUCCGUUACUAUUA